GCGGGGGCCGCGCGCCACACGCGGCCCGGCCUCGCGCGGAGCGGCCGCUCCCGCCCGGAUCCCUCCCUGGAUCCCUCCUUGGAUCCCCCCCCGGGUCCCGCCGCCUCCUCCACCACCACCCGCCCACCGGGACUCGCAGGUGCCGCCACCGGCCGCCCCCGUCACCGGGAUGCUGCUCUCCAAAAUCACCUCGCUGGCGCAUCUCCGCUCCGGCACCGGCGCGGAGCUGCACCCCGCCAAACUCCAGCCAGGGAAGGAGAAGGAGCCGCUGGAGCAGCUGUACCGGGUGGGCCCUUUGCUGGGGAGCGGCGGCUUCGGCAGCGUCUACUCCGGGAUCCGCCUCUCGGACGGCGCCCCGGUGGCGAUCAAACGCGUGGCCCGGGACCGCAUCUCGCAGUGGGGAGAGCUGCCCGGCGGCAGCCGUGUGCCUCUCGAGAUCGUGCUCCUGAACAAGGUGGGCUCCGGCUUCCACGGCGUCAUCCAGCUCCUGGACUGGUUCGAGCUCCCGGACAGCUUCGUGGUGGUGAUGGAGCGUCCGGAGCCGUCGCAGGAUCUCUUUGACUUCAUCACGGAGCGGGGGUUCCUGCCCGAGGAGAUGGCGCGGGGGCUGUUCCGCCAGGUGCUGGAGGCCGUGCGACACUGCAACAACUGCGGCGUCCUGCACCGCGACAUCAAGGACGAGAACAUCCUCCUGGACCUGGCCACCGGCGAGCUCAAGCUCAUCGACUUCGGCUCCGGCACCUUCCUCAAGGACACGAUCUACACCCAGUUUGACGGAACGCGGGUGUACAGCCCCCCGGAGUGGAUCCGCUUCCACCGCUACCACGGCCACUCAGCCACCAUCUGGUCCCUGGGUGUCCUGCUCUACAACAUGGUCUGCGGGGACGUCCCCUUCGAGCAGGACGAGGACAUCAUCCGGGGACAGCUCUUCUUCCGACGGCGGGUCUCUCUAGAGUGCCAACACCUCAUCAGGUGGUGUUUGUCCAUGCGCCCCUCGGACAGGCCAUCGUUGGAGGACAUUUUCAACCAUUCCUGGCUGCAGGACAUUCACCUGGAACCAGCAGAGAUCCACCUGCACAGUUUGAUCCAGGAGCCCAGCAAGUAACAGCUCCACGCAGCUCCUGGUCAUAAGAAGCAAAGAAAACCAGACUUUUUCAUCACGACCGUAGCACUGAGCAGGGAUGCUCAGGUGGGAACACGCACAUCUUGUCCUGGAGCUGGGCUGGAGACCUGGUCUUCCAAGCUCUGGUGGCCACCAUCCACACCAGCUGCCCUGGGCUCGAUCUGAAUGACCUUGUCUCAUUUGAGCUUCUGCCAGUAACUGUUGGCGGGGGGGGGAGUUUUAGUUCUGGUUUUGGAGGCUCUCAAGUGUCAUCUUGACCUGUUGAACUGGGGACAGCGAGAGGAUUGGAGACCUAAUUGCAAGAAAAGCUUCAGUGGGGGAAAACUGAUUUUGGGGAGGUCAGGGCCUGUGGCUGAGUGACUGUCCCUUCUCACUGUCCCCGUGCUCGAGUGCCUUCCGUUUCCAUCUGAGCUGUGCUGGAGGAAAGACUUGACUUUUCCUACAGUGCUGCUUUUCUGAGACUCACCUGGGCCUAUAGUACCUUUUCCCUUUUCAAAAAGAAAAUGGGUCAGAAGAUGCUUGGGACCCAAGUGAGUGAUGCCUCGCCUCCUGUGCCUCCAUCCCAUGUGGAUUUUCUGGGGUUCUUUGCUUCUCUGUGCCCUCACGAAUGCACAAACAAUGCAAACCAACAGCUGUAAAUGUGUACAUAGCUCUACAGGAGCAAAGCUUGAUGUACAGUUGUGAAUAGUGAUAACAUUUUUUGCCUUUUUUCUGGUUUCCAGUUUUUUGUUUUUAAUUUAUUUCCAUGAAUUCGUUGUUUGUUUUUUUUGUUUUGUUUUGUUUUGUUUUUUAAAGGAAGAGUCCUAGCCGCUAGGAUAACUUAUUUAUUUAUUUAUAAUUCAUGUGGGUUUCCAACCCAUGCCUUGCUUCUACAGCUGCUGAUCCCGCGGUUUUCCAUUCGGGUCUUCCCUCCGUGUGUGUCCUGUGUCCACCCCGGGGCCCGUCGUGUUUCUGUCGGAUGUCUGGCGUAGGUGUGGAGUGGCUGCUGCUCCCCAGCUGUCUGUGUACAUACUUCUGGGUGCUGUUGUUUCCUUGCCACGUGCAAAUAUCAGUUUGCAGAUGAGUUUUGGUUUUCCUCACGGGUGUUUGUUUGGGGCUGGGGAAAGGGGGGGGAGCUGGCCCGGGCUGUCUGCACUGUCCAGUCUGUACCUGUAACACGUGUGUAGCCGGCGGGGUUUGUUAAUAGUUGAUAUUGUACAGGGGAAUUGAGAAAUCUUAUUUUUUUUAUGCGGUUUUAAAUAAAAACUAAAACACUUGA